AUGGGUUUUGCCGCAAAGCUUGCCGCUGCACAGCAGAAUCAACAGAGCCAACAAAAUCCCGCCAUGUCGUCAAAUACAGGCAGUGCUCCAGGUGCCUACAGUGGUGCACCUCCUUCGGGAUAUACUGGAGGGCCUCCGCCUCCAGAUGCACUCCGACCGGGUGGCCAUCAGCAGCAACAACCACCCUCUGCAUACCAGGCAUACCCGGGAUCACCUGCGCCUCAAGGAUCGCCAUACAACAAUAAUGCGCCCUCUCCUGCGCCGUACUCGCAGCAGCCGCCUCAACAGCCGCCCGCCGGCUACCCCGCAUACCAGCAGCAGCAACCACCAUCGCAGCAAGGCUACAAUCGCCCUCCGCCGCCACCUCCUCAAGGUCAGCCCUAUGGUUCAGCCCAGUCGCCUUAUCCGGGCCAACAAUCUCCCUACCCAGGCCAGUCACAGUCGCCUUAUCCGGGCCAACAGCCACCGUAUGCAGGAACACACUCUCCAUACCCCGGACAAUCUGGACAGCAACCUCAGUCGCCCUAUCCAGGUCAACAGCCACCUUAUUCUGGAUCGCACUCUCCGUAUCCUGGACAACAACCUCCAUCUUCCUAUAAUCAGCCACAGUACCCUCCUCGCCAGGGUGCUCCCUAUGGUCAACCUGCGCCCUCCCCCGGACCUCCCGGCGGACAAUCCUAUGGUCCUCCGGGCGGUCCUGGAGGUCAAUAUGGGCCUCCCGGGGGUGCACCGGGCGGCCAGGGUGGUCCAGCCACCCCCCAGCAAGUCGAUGCGUACCGUCGUGUGCUAGACGAUACCAUUCGUGAGAAGCAACUGCAGAGAUUCUAUCCUCCAGGCUCCCCUGCUCUCGAGGGUCUUGUACAAUUUCUCGCACACGAAGCACCCUCUCGCUUGCAGCGCAUUGUGCAUGAACUCAAUGUGCCCAUGGAGGUGGCCACUGAUUUGAUGAAGCUGGCCCUCUUCGACACCGUCCUCUACGUAGAUGACAGUGGCUCCAUCGAAUUCGAGGAGAAAGGUCUUCGUAAGGAACAGCUUCGUCAGAUCUUGGGCAUCGUGGCCACCGUUGCCUCCAAUUUUGAUCGGGAUGGCAUCGAGGUGCGCUUCAUGAACUCGUCCGAGGAGGGUCAUGGAAUCAAGAACCCGGACGAUGUCGAGCGACUCGUCUCUCGCGUCCGCUUUUCCGGCUUGACACCUCUUGGCACCAGUCUGCGCCAGAAGGUCGUCGAUCCCCUCGUGAUCGGCCCGGCUCGAUCGGGCCGUCUGCAGAAGCCGGUCUUGAUCAUCACCAUCACGGACGGCCAGCCCGCGGGUGAGGCCCAUAGCACCGUGCGAGACACCAUCAGCUACGCCGUCAAUGAGAUGCAACGGGCGCAAUACGGCACGGGGGCCGUCUCUUUCCAGUUCUCGCAGGUCGGUAAUGACACUCGUGCUCGGGAUUUCCUCUCCGAUCUGGACGAGGAUCCUGAGAUUGGUCAAUUGAUCGAUUGUACUUCGAACUUUGAAGUUGAACAGGACGAAAUGUCUCGGGCUAACCCCCCAGUACACCUGACUCGUGAGCUUUGGUGCGCCAAACUUAUGCUCGGUGCGAUUGACAGCUCAUACGACACCAAAGAUGAACAGGGCAGCCGACAGAGUGGACCUGGUGGUUCUGCUCCUGUUCCCCCUCCCGGCCAGUAUGGCGGCGGUGGUGGUUAUGGCCAGGGCCCUCCUCCCCCGCAGGGUGGUCCCUACGGCGGUCCCUACGGCGGUCCUCCACAGGGCUAUCCGCCGCAACAGUACGGCCAGCAACCCGGUUAUCCUCCGCAACAGCAGCAGCCUCCUUACCCCGGGGGUGAUCGUGGACAUGGCCAACCUCAGUCUUAUGGCGGAGGUUAUGGUGGCCCGCCACCACCCGGUGGCCCAGGCGGAUAUCCCCCGUCUGGUGGCUACGGCCAGCCCCCACCCCGUCGCUACUAG